AUGGCAGAAGAGCAAUCGAGACCAAUAAGCAGCCUGAGUUCGAUGACCGAGUCAUCGCCAGCAGAAAAUACUAAGUCCGAUGAAGAGCUAGACACGGCCGCCUUGAAAUUGGGCUGGAACAAUCGCGAGAAUGUGUGGACUGCAACCGCUCGGUUCCUGCGCGCAUUAUCGGUCUUUCAAAGAUCGUUGUGGGCCUGGUUGAAUAACCCGGUCAUCGCCCUCCUAGCUGGGAUUCUCGCGAAUGCAGUGUUAGUGUGCAUUAUUAUUCGCCCCGGUGGGAGCUGGUACUCAGCAGCCUAUGUGGUAAGCUAUGGAGCCCCUAUUUACUUGGAGUAUUAUACUGUGAAUACGGGCUGA